AAUCAAAAUUAUAACAAUAAAAAAACAAAACAAAAAGCGGUAGACAAAAGGCUCUGAAGCCCUCUUUGUUUUUAGUUUUUAUCUCCCUACUCUGUGAUUGGCUCCCUGGUGGUGAACCUGUUGCUUCCAUUGAUUUCUACAGGUUGCUGCCCGUUAAACAUUUAGCGGGAACCUUUAUAAUAGCUAACACCAAAAGGUUAGCUUUUAUUUCCUAGUUCCCCAGAACGACUGUACCGUGUGUUUCUGGUUAUUGUUCCCAUGUAAUUACAAGAGCAUAAUCUAUAGAAUAACUUCACGGUAGGUCAAAGUAGUGUGCUAGAGACAAGUAGAGGGCUACAUCAGCUAGAAACUAGAAGGUCAGCUAGCUAGUUGCGAUUUACAGUAUGGCGUGUGCACAGCAAGUGAGAACAUCACAGAGCACUCAGCUGUUUCCUAAUCAGAUUGCCUCGGAGCAGCAGUCAUUGGUUGUUAUGAAGAAGCUUCUGGCCAUUGCAGUAUCUGGCAUCACAUACCUCAGGGGCAUUUUCCCGGGGAAAGCCUAUGGGAAAAAAUAUGUGGAAGAUCAGCAAGUGAUGAUCCUCAGAGAGGAGCACAGCUGUCCUGGUGCCACUCAGAUUCUUCAGUGGAUGCAAGGAUGUUUUGAUGCCAUCGAAAAGAAAUACCUUCGGACAGUCAUUAUAUCUAUUUAUACCGACCCAGAGAACCCACAGAAAGUGACCGAGUUUUACCACUUUAGGAUCCAGUACUCUGCAGCAGGGGCACACAUGGAUUUUGAAAGCAAUAACAACAUCAAAGUCUCAUCAAUGUCAUGUGGAAACACCAGGAAAGCCAUCAUCCUGCUGGUGAGGAAGCUCUACACUGUGAUGCAGUACCUGGGCCCUCUGCCAGAAAAUGUCUACCUCAACAUGAAGCUGGCUUACUAUGACGAUGUUACUCCUCAGGCAUACCAACCACCCGGCUUUAGGGAGGCUGACUGUGACACUAUGGAGUUUGAACAGGAACCUGUCAAACUGACCAUGGGGGAGGUGGUCAGCCCCUACCAUACCUUAAAGUUUGACAUGGCAACAGAAAGACACAGGCUAGAGCAGGUGGAGGAAAAGUGGGUCUUGAAGAUAGAUGAAGAAGAUGCCAUCACCCAGAGUGAAGACCCUAAAUGUGUGGAGGAGGCUCAAAAGGAGAACACAAUCCUGGAGAACACUGAGGUGCAGGUGAGCUGUCAUGAGGAGAUCAAUACUUGUGAGGAAGUCACAGAGAUGGACACUCUGGUGAAGAAGACUUCUUAUAUGGAGGUGGGGACGAAAAGGACCAGGAGUGGAAGGAUCAUCAAGCCAACUAUGGCUUCUCAGUUUCCCACCAGUCAGGAAACGCCGUCCACCGACUUGCCUACGAAGAAACCCUGCAAGCGUAAGGAACAGGAGCAGAACAAGCUGGAGCGCAACCAGGGCCCGAAGCGCACCAGGCUGGUGUUCACAGACCUGCAGCGGCGUACGCUUCUGGCCAUCUUCAGGGAGAACCACCGCCCAACCAAAGAGCUCCAGGUCACCAUUGCCCAGCAGCUGGGCCUGGAGCUCUCAACUGUCAGCAAUUUCUUCAUGAAUGCCCGCCGACGCAACCUCAACAAGUGGGCAGACGAGGGCCGUCCUUCUUCCACCGGUUCCUCGGGCUCCAGCAUUUCCUCCUCCGCAGUGUCCUGCAGCACGGCGUGAUGCUAGACCGUCGCGGAGGUGCGGUGAGGAGGGCGCUGAGGGAGCAAGGGGGCACAUAGACUGGUCUAGGCAGAGAUCAGCCGUAAUAAAUGUCCUCCUCGUUAUCAGAAGGAGAGAUGGAGCCAGCUAUUAUAGAUGAGUUUAUGAAGAUGAAGCAUUUUUCCCAAACCAAAGUUAAUUGCUCCCUUGAAAAGGAAGGGGCAAUGCUUAGUGAUAUGAUUGCAAGAUGUGAGGUCUUGCCUGUAUAGUCAAGGGUGCAAAGAUGAUUUGACUCAAAGAAGAGUCACACCCUUACAUAGACACCAUCUCAUUGCAUUAUUUUGAUUAUGUAGAUUAGAGAUAAUGAGGGUAUUGCAAAUCAGGAGUAAGCAUAUUUUGGUGUACCUUCAAAUCUUUUCUCAUCUCUCCAAACGUGAAGAAUCAAGAGGUGUCGUUUGCUCACAUCUGGAGAGCUUCAUUGUGUAACUUCCUAAUCAAGUGAUCGCCAUCAUCCGAAGACAUUAAUCCUUCCCCGAUGUUAUUGUAGUCCCUUUAUUCCUCCAGAAUCAAGGUGAAAGAGGAAGAAGAGGCAUUUUUUUUAAGUCCUCUUUUUUUUUUCUUGGAGAACUGAAUGCCCUUUUCUUAGCAUGUGUUUCCAUGGUAAUGGUUCCCAGGACUGUAUGGCGUUGUUCCAAGCUUGGAGCCUGGAAUAAUCAGGAGGGUUCUGUAGCGCCUGUGACUCCCAAUUGUCAAUCAUUUCCCAUCAACAGGAGCCUCUUCUGUAUUGUGUCAAGACGGUCCCACCUCGAAUGAAUCAGAGUUUUCAAGGGGGAAUCGCGGCACAUCUCACCGUAUGCCAGGACAGAAUCGAUAAACACAAGUAGGACACAGAAACAGACUUGUUGGUGCAACCGUCUAGCUUUAAGACUCUCACUGAGCUUCCAAAUUAAAGCUCCACAGCCAUUUUUUUGGACUCCAAAUCAAAAAGAAAAAAACCAAAACACACACACAAAAAAAACGAAAACAAAAACAAUUUGAACACAAAGGCUCUCUGGAGAAGAGGUACACCUGACACAAUGUAUAGUGACAUUGUAGUAUUUUUUCCACUCAUUUCCAAACAACUGUAUACUCCUCCAUUACAAAAUCUUUUUUUUACAGAUGUCUAGAAAAUGGAGGAAUGUGAUUCUUUCCAAUGUUUUUGUACAGAUUUCAAGCACAUCGCUCUAUUUAUAGUAACACGUUGGAAGUGUGGGGCAGUUUGUUUCAGCCCUGCUGACGUACAAGGUCAUUUUUUUGGUCCACAAAGGAAUGGCUUUAACCAUGCCUCCUUAUAGCCAAUAGAUGAAUCAAACCAAGAACUUUUCAAAUGCAAUUAAUGAUCUGAUCAACAUAUUUAUUACUGCAUUUGUGUAUUUAUUGGUUUCCCUUUUUCUUUCCUUUAUUUAUUUGGUUAUUUAUUUAUUUAUGCUAUCUAUAUACUGUAAGUAUUUAUUUAACAAUGCUCUGUAUGUCUGUGUGAAACUGAAAACUUUUUGUGAUGGGCACUUUUAGCUGUAGAAUCCCAUCGUAAUACCAAAGAUUAACAUUGCCUCCCUGAAUGUACGGCCUGAAUCCCUAAACCCAGUACCCGAUCCACCCGGAUCCAGCCCGACCCACCCAGUGAUGUUAAGUAUCUCUCUAUCUUUAAGGCCUGGCCCUUUUUGUUUUCUUUGUUUUGUUGUAGAAUUAUGGGGAAUUCUUUACUCUUGCAAAUGUCUCUGCUGUCAGCUCUUAACGCCAAGGCCAAAGCUUGUUUGAAUGUUGUGAUAAUAUUUAUAAUUAAUAAUACUACCAAUAAUGACAAUAACAAUAAUAACAAAGAUGAUGUGGCAUCCCAUAGGCUCACAAGUUGCUUGUAAAGUUGUGUUCAGACCAAUGCCAUCUGGCAGAGUGCGUAAUGUGUCUGGGGACCCACUUAAAGCACUGUCUAAUGUUGCGUAAGUCCUUCGGGGUCACGCGCAAACAUGCGUACUGUGCAUCUGCCUGGGGAAAUGCAUGGUUAUGACCCCCCACCCCGCCCAAUCUCCCUCACCUAACCCCUUCCCCAGUGCAGUGCAGACACUACUGUCUAUGUCCUUCUCAGUGUGAUCUCACCGUCCACCACACGCAAAGGCUUCUGCUAGUUGUCUCAGUUCCAAGACGUUUAGUAGGGUUCACUCCUGACUCCUCCCGUGUUUUCCUCAACUUGAAUUGAGAUACUGGAGUUUUUUUCUGGGUUUGUUUCCUGUCCAAUGUGAUUCUUAAAGGGUGUUCCUCAUCUUCCGGGGAAUUGGAUUUAUGUACCCGUGGUUUUUAAGGUCUUUUGAAGGUUUUUCCCAUUCUCGUUUUCUGGGAAUCUUUAAUUUCUUUUGUAAGAUUCUUUAGUUUUAUGACCUAUGCCCUCUGCCAUCCAAAGUUCAGUGUUUGAGAAGUCUUAGAUUUUGUUGUAAGGCUUGUGGGGCUUGUCCCUGACCCUGUAAGAGCUUCAUGGAUCUUUCCAAAUCAUUUGGAGUUUUGGCAUUUGUUCUAGGUCCUCCUUCCUUACCUGGAUUUUCCAUUCUGAGUAGUGGGUGCUGAAAUCAGGAGAAGUCACCUAAGAUUUAAUUUUCUCACUCUCGACUAAAUGCUGCCCAAGUGUGGCAAAGCUAGAUUUGCCGUUUUCAACAUUGACUCUUUCCCUGUCUCAUUUUCUCUCCCUUUCUCUGUCUUUAACGUUGUAAGAGGCGGAUUGCCGGGGCCCCCUUCACAGCGUGCACUUGAAAGACGGGUGGUCAUGAAAGAGGCCAUCGACUUUUUCGUGGACUUCAAAGGGGAGGCUUUUUUCAUCCCGUCUCCUCUCUGGGUAUCUGGUCUGGGGUCUGCUCUUGGCCAGACCUGUGGGCUUUAGGGGGCAUUCAAAAAGGGGUGGGGGGAGAUCAGAGAGGAGGCUGAAUCGUCCAGAAUGAGGAUGGUGGUAGCAGUGUGUGCGGAGAAGUAGGAGGGGGGGUUGUUUGAGGAACAGGAGGUGUUGGAGUAGUGGGGCAUAGAGCUGAAUUAAACUUUAAUGAGUAACAAUUGUAAGCAUGCUGAGAGCUACGGGGGGUGGCAGUGGGGUUGUGUGGCUGUGUCUGUACAGCGGUGAAAAAAUUAAAAAUAAAAGAGCUUGAAGGCUCUUCUGCUGAUCUCUGCCCACUGCUGUCAUUGUAUCAAAGCUGAGGUGACACCUUUCAGGUUUUUCUUUGUCUCUCUGACUGCGAGUCUAAAAUGGAGACAGUGCUUUUUGUAUUGAGCCACCCUCUGCUCCGUGUCAAGCAGGGAAGCUCUUCCCUUUCUGUACAGAGGGUAGGCGGGAGGGAGGAGUGAAUCCAGUUGGCUGCUGCAGGUGAUCCGCAUUGCCAUUUUAGCCUGCGGCACCCCCUAGUGACUUUUCUAGAAACUUGACCCUGAGACAAGCCUGGCAGCCGAGGCCAUUGCAGAGCAAUUCUUAGGAGCGCGUUAAUAAUGAAAUAGCAGAACUGAAAGCUGACAUAUACUUUCAGAAUAAAAAAUUUAAAAAGACCAAAAAAGUACUGUUUUUGAUAACGUUUGAACGAAAAAACAACCAAAGAUCAAUGAGUAACUGCUGAAUCAUUAUGUAAUGUAGGUAGUUUUAGCAGUUCCUCAUCAGAGCUACCGUAGCACUCAGAGGAUUCAAAAAAGCACCAGUGGGGUUCCGUGUGCUGGUUAUUUAUGUUGCAUAAAUCAGUAUUAUGUUGAGCUGGAACUGAGAAACUGACAUGAAGCAGUGUCUUCAGAUGAAAGUCUUUUGACCCCAGUGUCUCCCCCUCUGUCCCUGUCUUCUCCCGUGUGCGUACAUGAAGACUUUACCCAUCUACCUCAACUGUGUGAGAUGUUGUGUGGCAAAAAUGUUCCUUAACCAAAGAAUCCAUUCUGUCAGGGUGUCUGUCUAUCUAUCUUGUCUGUUCAUCCGUCUCUUCUUCUUCAUGCCUUUUACUUCUUCAAACCAAAUGUGCUGGAAUCAAUCUGUGAAGGGGCUGAAGGAACCCCCUGUCCAGCCAAAGCUCAAGUCGAGUAUGCUAGUGUCCCAUUGAUCCAUGUUCUGUAUAUAAAUAAAAUCAUUCUCAAGACCAAAAAAGAAGGAGGUGACAAUCCAAGCAAGGAGGAUCUUGCUGUAAUCAACGUUGCCUGUUCCUUGUUUUCCAAAAGCUAGAAUUAUGCGAAUUGCUGUAAUAGAAAAAAAAAAACCCAAAUCAAGCACUCAUCCUAACAUAAAAAAAAGAUCAGAGGAGACAGAAGCUAUUUUUCCACAUUUGUAAGCCACCCCUCCCACCUGUUUUUUUUUUCAAAAUGUUUAGUGUAGUUGAAAUACUGUUCAAUCCCACUGUUGUAAGUAGGAAUUAAUAAGAUCCAUACAAAAAGCUUUAAACGGGAAAGAGCUGAGGGAAAUAUCUGACUGAGUCUGACUUUCCCCAGCUUGGACUCGACCCACCAUGCUUUAUUGUGCCAUUCUUGUCCAUGUGUUAGACUUACUAAUGAAUGUGGCUAACCAACCAAAGGCUUUAAAAAAAGAUAUACAAAACUUUAAACGUCAAUCAUGGUGGGACAUUUUGUAUCAACAACUAAAGAAAAUCCCUUUGAAUACCUCAUGUGAAAAUUGUUUGUUGUGAUGUUGCACUAAAAAAAAUAAAAAUGACUCAUUUGUAACCCAA